UAUUUAUAUUUGCUUCAUCAAUCAAUGUGAUUGACUUCUUUAAAAUUUUUCAAACAAAUAAAUAAAUAAAAGGCGAGAGUUUGUGUAUAUAAAAGGUGGUUGUGAAACUGAUAAACUGCCUUGUUAUUCGCAUUAGAGACCAGUCAAUCCAACCAUUAGAACAUCAACUUUAUAUUCCAAUUCAUUCCCUCAGAAAAAAACCAAUUACCCCGCCAAAAAAAAAACCCUAAAGAAUAUCGAAAUUACACGUUCAUGGAUUCAUCGUCAUCAUCAUCGUCCUCGGUCGUGUCCGAGCUCGAAGGGACGUUACUGAAAAACCAUAACCCAUUCUCUUACUUCAUGCUCAUUGCUUUCGAAUCUUCCGGUUUGGUCCGUUUCGCUGUCCUGUUACUUCUGUGGCCGGUGAUCGCGACCCUAGACCUUUUCGGGGCUCGAGACGCGAGCCUCAGACUCAUGAUCUUAGUAGCCACGGUCGGUCUACGUGAAUCGGAGAUCGAGUCGGUGGCUCGAGCGGUUUUGCCAAAGUUCUACAUGGAUGACAUCAGCAUGGACGCAUGGAGGGUGUUUAGCUCGCACGAUAAGAGGGUCGUGGUCACGAGAAUGCCUAGGAUUAUGGCCGAGAUGUUCGCGAAGGAUCAUCUCCGAGCCGAUGACGUCAUAGGUACCGAGCUGGUUGUGAAUCGGUUCGGUUUUUCCACCGGUUUAAUAAAGGAAACCGACAUUGAUCGAUCUAUUUCGAACCGGGUUGGCAAUUUGUUUAUCGGUAAUAGACCUCGCCUUGGUCUUGGAAGAUCAGUCCGUACGAGUUCUGCCACGUUCUUAUCGAUAUGUGAGGAACAAAUGCAUUCACCUAUUCCGGCGAACAACAGCCACAACAACCGUAACCGGACACUUCAGCUGCGGCCGAAACCAGUGAUCUUUCACGACGGCCGCCUGGUGAAGCGGCCGACGCCGGUGACCGCGCUCCUCAUCCUCCUCUGGAUCCCAUUCGGAAUCGUCCUUGCUACUGUCCGAAUCCUCAUCGGCUUCGUCCUCCCGUUGUGGGCCAUUCCCUACGUCUCGAGCAUAUUCGGCGGCCGAGUCAUUGUCAAGGGCAAGCCACCGUCGCCUCCCGCCGGAGGAAAUUCCGGCGUACUCUUCGUUUGCACCCACCGAACUCUAAUGGACCCCGUCGUCUUAUCCUACGUUUUGGGCCGACGAAUCCCGGCCGUUACUUACUCGAUCUCGAGAUUAUCCGAGAUCUUAUCUCCUAUCCCGACCGUCCGAUUGACCAGAAUCCGACAUGUCGACGCCGAGAGGAUCAAAAGGGAGUUGUCCAACGGAGAUCUUGUCGUGUGUCCAGAGGGAACGACGUGUCGUGAACCGUUCUUGCUGAGAUUUAGUGGGCUUUUCGCGGAAUUAACGGACAGGAUCGUUCCAGUCGCGAUGAACUAUCGUGUCGGAUUCUUUCAUGCGACGACGGCGAGAGGCUGGAAGGGUCUUGACCCGAUUUUCUUCUUCAUGAACCCUAGACCAGUGUACGAGGUUACGUUCUUGAACCAGCUUCCCGUGGAGGCCACGUGUUCGUCGGGGAAGAGCCCUCAUGACGUGGCGAAUUACGUGCAGAGAAUCUUAGCGGCUACGUUAGGGUUUGAGUGCACUAACUUCACGAGGAAGGAUAAGUACAGGGUGUUGGCGGGGAACGAUGGAACGGUGUCGUAUACGUCGUUUGUGGAUCAAGUGAAGAAGGUGGUGAGCACUUUCAAGCCAUUUUUCCAUUGAAAUUAUAUAAUAAAUGAAAAUUAAAUUUCUCGUGAUUUUUUUUUUCAUGUAUGUUUGCUUAAAUAUAUUAUGUCUGGUUUACAGAACCUGUUAAUUGAUUUAUUUUUGUUUUGUAAAUGAUUACGGGUUUGUAUUCUUUUAUGUUCUUAUGAUAUAUGUUUGCUUCA